AUGUCAUUAAAUCAGUUAAAACUUGUUCGUAGUCAAAAGGAUAUUCCUUUUAAUGAUGAAAUUGAAAAUGUUUUUGAUAAUGUAGACCAUUUAUAUAGUGAUAAAAAACGAGUUAUUAGUUUUGGUUCGUCUGAAGUACUCGAUUACAAAUUUCCAAUAAUCGAAGAUGCAGUUAAGGAGGAUGAAUCAGAAGGGGAUAAAAUUAUUAUCGCAUAUUUUAAACAACAUAAAAUUCAAGAAUUAUUUCAUACUUUAUUAACACAUAUGUUAAUUAAAAUGCCAGAUGAUCCAGUUCAGUAUUUAAUAUGUCUAUUAGAAAGAUUUAAUUUAUAUGUUACUGGAGAAAUUCAAGAACCUCCAUUAGUAUUCAGAAGGAGGCAUAUUGAAUCAAUUUUUCAAGCAAUGGAUAUUUUUGAUAGCGGUACCAUUACUGUUAAUCAAUACUUCUCAGGUUCAAAAACGAUGGGUAUUUUUACCAAAGAAUUACCAGUUUGUAAUAAAGAUGGUUUAAUUAAAAAAGAAGAGUUUUUUAAAAACGCAUAUUCUGGUCAACUCACUAUGGUGAAUGAAAUAGUUAUGCUACAAAUGUGGUGGGAUUUAAUGCAAGAAGACCAAAAGCAGACUGAAGCAAUCAGCAGAUACUUAUUAGAUAGCAGACACAUUAAAAACGAUCGCCGAUAA